AUGUACUCCAACGAAGACUAUGGCUCAAUACUGCUUUUACUGAAGGCACGCAAGCCCAGAAGCCUGCUGCUGGCCUUUGGCCUGGCCGUCGUCUCGCUCUGUCUGCUUUGGGCCAACUCCUCCGAGCACCCAGCCGUGCCAGCCCACGCCGCAAACACCUUGCGGCCUGCUGAGUCAACCCCGCCAGUGGUCAACGCCACCACCACCACUGCUCAACCCGCCGAGCCCUCCGAGGCCACAGAUGGCCCAAAGUUCCGUCUGAUCAUCCCCGCCGCCGAGGCGAGCCCGGACUUUUGCAGGACUGUCCUGAGCGGCAUGCUCCUGGACUUUCCUCCUCCUACCAUUCUGGGCUAUGAUGAGCGCCACCCGGAAACCAUGGUGGCAAGCAUCCAAGAGCAUCUGGAAGAAGAGAGCAUCAACGAUGAUGACCUCGUCCUUAUUGUCGACGGCUACAGUGUCUGGUUCCAGCUUCCAUCUUCCGUGCUGAUAGCGCAGUAUGAGCAUCUCUUGGAAAGGGCAAAUGCUCACCUGCUCGAAAAAUACGGCGCGGCUCGCCCUUCAACGCCCUACGACGCUCCGAGGCCUCUGUUCACGCAGUCCGUCAUCUGGGGCGCGGAUGAGCGUUGCUGGUCGAGCGCUGAGGCCAAUGCCACCUGUGCGUCCGUGGCCGAACCUACGGCUAGAAGAGGAGGCAAGCUAGAGGGAGACAGUACCUUCGAGCGCAAAUAUCUCACUUCAGGUACUGUGAUGGGUCCUGCCCGCGACCUACGUGCCAUUUUCUCUGCUGCAAAGAUGCAAGGUCCCGACAGCAAUGGGAACCGUGAUAUGCAAACCAUGUUUGCCACGCUCUUCGGCGAACAGCAACAGGCUCGAGAGCAAAUCAGGCGCGAGAAUCUGGGCACUGCUGGACGAUGGCGCGAAUGGCUGGUCCAGCAAGUCCGUGGUCCAUGGAUCAGUUCAUCCCGGCUGGACCACGCUACGAACAUGACCAUCGUCCCAGGCAGGCAGUACGAGUAUUCGAUGGGCCUAGACAACAACGGCUCUCUCUUUCAAACCAUGACGCCUCCGCACACGUUCAGCGGCAAUAUUCGUUUUCUCCGGUACAAUGAAAGCGUACUGUACAACGCCAGCGAUAACUUCCCUUCUGCUCUCGACGUCCAUGGUUCUCCCUUCGCGCUUUCUGCAGGGGACGCCGAGUCUGCUGCCAUUCCAAACAACGAGCCAAACGGAUUGGCCAUUGAUCCAGAGCUCGAUGCCCUUCCCUCUAGUGAGCAACAAUGGGCUCUGCUACCACUUGCGCACAACCUGCGCACCGGCUCCGUGCCCGCAGCACUCCACUUCCCCGCAGGUAUGCCGAUGAGCAGCAGCAACGGCGCAGACUACGGCGUCGACAGCAUCCAGUACCUGGACCCGCGCGAGGUGCUGUGGCCGCACCUCUGGUUCUACCCGCACGCGCGCGCUCUGCUGAGGCGCUACAUGCGGCAGAGCACGGUUGGCGAGCUGGAGGACGAGGUCAACGCCCACAGCCGGUGGUGGCGCGCCAGCGACGUGCGCGGCGGGCGUGGUGGCGUCUGGACUGACAAUGCCGAGUGGUUGGCAUGGGGCGAUAUCUGCGCCGGGUACGAGAGCGAGGUGUUUGGAGACGGAAAAGGCGUUUGGAUGCAAGAGAUGGAGGAGAGGGUCAGCUAUGAACCCUGGGAUUAA